AUGUCCGGUCGCGGCAAAGGAGGUAAAGGCUUGGGCAAAGGUGGUGCUAAGCGUCAUCGUAAGAUUCUACGCGAUAAUAUCCAAGGAAUUACCAAGCCAGCGAUCCGUCGUCUCGCUCGCCGUGGGGUGUAAAGCGAAUUUCUGGACUGAUCUACGAGGAGACACGCGGUGUUCUGAAAGUUUUCCUUGAGAACGUUAUCCGCGAUGCCGUGACCUACACCGAGCACGCCAAGCGUAAGACCGUUACAGCCAUGGACGUAGUAUACGCUCUGAACGACAAGGACGUACUCUGUACGGUUUUGGGGGUUAGAAUACACUGUAAUCCCUGAUCAACACUUUAAACCAACGGCUCUUUUAGGAGCCAACAAAUGUAUGAAAAGCUCUGACCAAUACGUGAUAAGAGAAUUUGUUUUCAUUACGAUCAUUGCUGAAGGUUUAUAUACAUAUCAACAAGUCAACAUACACCUGAAAUCGAUUCAGCGCUUUAUUUACUGGGUGCGUCCACGCCAGUUUUUUCUUUUUUAGUGACUUUACAGCAGCGCAGUCGUUACUUAUACAGGGAAAUUAUUUUUUUCCCGUCUAGAUUAGCCUCAUAGCUUUUGCGGGGCAUACAAUACUGUAAAGCUUUUUGUCUUUAAUUAGUUAGUGAAUAAACUGUUGUUGUACGUUGUUGUUGUGGCAGAAUUAAGAGAGCAAGCUGGUUUGUGUCGUUACCGACGACGGUUUAUAACUGUGUUAGUUUAUUUUACGUAAACAGCUUGUGUACCGAAGGAAAUCACGACGAUCUCUUUGUAAUUUUUAGGCAAAAAGAAAACAACAUUUCAAGCUCAGUAGUAGCAGCAAUGUUUGUUCCCGGUUGGUAGGAAUGCGAUUAAUUGUGUACUCGUUUAAAAAGAGCAGAAAGUUGUUCGAUUGUCGCUUGGUAUGUACCUCGAAGUUCGUAUAAAAACCUGUUGGAAACAGCGCGAAUGAAACCUGCAUAGAAAGCAAACGCAAUUUCAACUUUCAUGAUAUAAUCACAUCAGUCUUUAAAUUCAUGUUACACCGAGCUAAACUGACCUAAGACUGGUUUCAGUUUUCGUUAAUGCUGUGGUUGUUGUUGUUUGUUUGUUUUACAUGCGAUAGCCGAAAUAGCGCUAAAUAUGCUUUGGUAUACGCAUUUAUGAACAAAACUAGCAACAUGGAACCAUGCAAAAACAAAUAGAAAUAGCGAGUUUCCGCGCGAGACAUAAUUAUUUGUGGCUAAGUAUCGAUCGAGUUAUUAACCCCAAACUUAGACGGCGAAUACUAUUUGGGGGUAGAUUACAAAUUUAUAUCGUGAUUGGUCAUGACUUUAUUCUAGACUUGGUGGUCCUAAAAGAGCCGUUUGUAUUUAUGGUUGUUGCCGUCGCUUAGUGUUGUUUUCUUCUGUGUUUUUAGGUAGUAAUACUGCCUGAAUGUUGGGAAGAACACCGCCUUGAGCGAUGGUGACACCGGCAAGGAGUUUGUUUAAUUCUUCGUCAUUUCGCACAGCCAACUGGAGGUGACGAGGAAUGAUUCUUGACUUCUUGUUGUCGCGUGCUGCGUUUCCUGCUAACUCGAGGAUCUCAGCACUCAGAUACCAAGUACGGCAGCCAAGCACACGGGAGCACCGGCCCGACGCGUUCAGCGUAGUUGCCUUUACGAAGAAGGCGAUGGAUGCGACCAACAGGAAACUGUAGACCUGCCCUGGAAGAACGAGUCUUUGACUUGGUGCCCUGGGCUUUACCUUUUCCUCGUCCGGUCAUUUUGUCGAGUAACUCGUAUCUUAAGUUUCAGUUUAAGUUUCAGGAGACUGUUUUCCAAGACAUGACUUCGGCCGCCAUAAUUUAUCACGCGCGGACUGCGUUUCGUGGAUCAGAUUGCACCAAUCAAAAGUCUUACAUUGGCUCAUAAAAGAAAUUUAGCCUUGCAAUUGUUCUCUUUGUGUCGAUUGGCGGCACGCUCCAUUGUUUACACCGAAAAAAAAAGACACCAAUCACCGACGAGAACUUGCGAUCCGCAUAUUAAUUGAUCCUAUUGAAUUUGGCAACAUAAAUAGAAACUGUGAUAUCCCGAAUUACCAAACUCUAUUUCGAAAAGGCAGAGAUAUCUUUCUUUACCAUGGCACCUAAACCGAUUGCAGCUAAAAAGGGAGAGAAGAAGAGCGGCGGUAAGGCAAAAUCCACGUCGGGCGACAGUACGAAAAAAAACGGCGAUCGAAACGGAAGGAGAGUUAUGCGAUCUACAUCUACAAAGUGUUGAAGCAGGUACAUCCUGACACCGGAAUCUCCAGCAAAGCAAUGGGUAUCAUGAACUCUUUCGUGAACGAUAUCUUUGAGCGCAUUGCUACAGAAUCCUCCCGUCUAGCCCACUACAACAAGAAGUCCACUAUCAGCCCCCGCGAGAUUCAGACAGCCAUCAGACUGCUCCUUCCAGGAGAACUCGCAAAGCACGCAGUCAGUGAGGGUACCAAGGCCGUCACGAAGUACACUAGUAGCAAGUGA